AUGCAGGAUCUCGCGAUAGCCGAGCAACUUGCUCGCGAAGUCGAUGAUUCGAUCGGCUUGGCCGAUGUCGAACUCACGCGGGGUGAUUUUCUCGCCGCCCCGCUGUCUUCACCUGGCGUUUGGAAUUCACUCCUGGCGGAAUCAACGUACGAUACUUGUCUGCAUUGGCAGGCUGAUGAGGCCGAAUGGGACGUUGACACGGAGAGCAUUGGCGAGGCCAAGGCUCGGUAUGAUGCGGCACUGACGCGGUUUGCGGCAGCAAAUGCGCGGAGAGGGAUCGCCGCGGUGAAGAUGCGGCUCGGCUACCUCGAGGUCCUUGAGGGUAUGCGACGCAUUGUCUUCGAGUCGAGCUUUGCGGCGGCGAAGACGGACAUUGAGCGCGCCGUUGCGAUCUCGUCUGAGCUCGGCGACAUGAUGGCCGUGCAGCUGGGCCGCGCGCAGUUGGCUCUCUGCGCCAUUGGACAAGGCGACCAGAGCGAGCAAACCCAGCAACUUGGCGCGUCACUUGGGACCUGGGGUCGUCGAGAAGGAGGCUUUGGGUUUACCCUGGGAGUUGGCCUCUUCUUCGCCCGCAUCGGGUGGCGAUGGAUCAACCAUGUCGGCGACUAUGAACGCGCCUUGGCUUGUUUCAGGCUUGCAGAAACUCUUUUCCAAGCUCUGCAGGCCUCAUUGUCACGGGUGCAUUCCAUAAUUGAUCAGCUGAAGGUCUAUCAAAUGGUGCGUGAUUUCCCCAGCUGCACCAGGACAUUGGAGCGGGCUCUGGACGAGUGCCUCGAGGUCCAGAAGCGAGAGCCAGGGCUGGUGGCGGAAGUUUCCCGGCUCGCCCGAUGGAUUUCAAUCGAGAUGCUGGGUCUUGCUACAAAGAGAGCUGUACCGCACCUCAUCGAGCGCGUGCGGGCAUACAUCACGAACAUCCGAAAGACGCAUGAGUCGGCAGGCCCGGCAGGCCUGUCGUCAGGCCUUGACAUAUUUCAGGAACUGGUCAAUGGCUUACAGGCAGGAGAGGACCUUGUCGAUUCCAAUCCAGAGCCGUCCGUCGAACAAGCUCUCUACCAACAAGAUGCUACACAGAUGACCGAUCUCUUCCUGGAGUCACAAUUGGCCGACUCGGAAAUUUAUGAGGACCUCUAUAGCGGCAAGGAGGCGAAAAAGAAUGGACAUCCAGCGGAAGCCCACGGUUGUUUUGACCGUGUCAGGGCGGUAGCAGAGUCGAU